AUGGCGUAUAACGAGGAUGCUGUGCUUUCUAAGCUCUCUGCACUCACUGAGACGCAUGAGAGUAUUGCUACCACCGCCCAAUGGAUCAUGUUCCAUCGGCGGCAUGCUGCCCAGACUGUCCAUCUCUGGUUGACCAAGCUCAAAGACCUCCCCAGUCCCAAGAGGCUCAACAUGAUUUAUCUUGCAAACGAGGUAACCCAACAAUCAAAGGCUCGCAACAAGGAGGACUUCCUUCAGGCUUUCUCACCCUUCAUCGCCGAUGCAACCGCGUUGUCUUAUAAGGGCGCCACGUCAGACAUCCAGAACAAGCUCCGAAGGGUUGUCGAUGUUUGGAGAGAACGCAAGAUAUUCCCCUUGGAAGUCCAAGACGCUAUUGAUUCUCGACUAAAAGAGCUUGACUCAGCCCGCUCCGGUGGCCCAAUGUUCGGUUCCACAUCACUAUCGUCGCCAGCUGCAACUGUGCCUCCAGAGUUGGCGCCCUUGGUUACCUCACAGCAGGCGAUUGCCAAGAGUGCCCAGACGCUCAAGACAAGCCUCACCACCGCCAACUCGGACUACAGCAAGCUUAUGGAUCCUGCUCAUGCCCCUUCUCAGGCGCCAGUGUAUGCUGCGCGACUCAAUGGGCUGCUUAAGAACCUCGCCACUGCUGAGGGGGCUGUGACGGAAUGCAUCAAGACCCGCGAAGAGCUUAUCAAUGCCUUGGAGAAGAUGUUGAACUCCAACCGACAGGCCUUGGAAGCUGAGCAGUCACAGCUGAGGGAUCUAGGCACCCGCAAAACGGCAGUUGAGGAGAAGAAGCAAGCAAUUGAGCUUAGCAUCAUUGGCGGUUUGCCUCACAAUGCUCAAGAGCCGGCUGUCGGUGAGGGGCGCGCCCCAAGCAGCUCGGAAGGUCACGACAUCGCCCGUCCCCAGGUCGAAGCCCUCACACCGCCUCAUGUCCAGGAUCACGACGAUUUCUAUGACAACCAGUCCAUUGAGCAACAACAGCCGCAGAACGGUCAUGCUCACCCAACCGGGUCCGCCCCCGGCAUUGAGAUGCUGUCCGCCCUCGCUUCGCAAUAUGAGUCUGUCCCGACUCGCGAGGCCAAGAAGCGCAAGAUCAACGAGACAGAAGACUUUCCUGAUGUGGGCAUAGAUGCUGAAGUCGCCGACAUGAUUCGGAAGGAAAGCACAGCCUAG